CACAAUGAUGUUUCCAGCCAUUUUGCUGCUUGCCUACCUGUUGACUGGCACGGAUGCCAUAACCUGCCUGACUUGCGCGGACUGCAAACUCCCAAUCGCUGCACAGGGAUCCACAGCGGUUGUAUCGGCAGAUAACUGUGCUGCAUGUUCGCUCAUUAUUACCUUCACUGGAAGUAGAACGCCAAGCACAAUUGCGGCCGCAUGCGUGGCGGACGCUGCCAAUUGUAACCCUGCUUACGCAGCCACUCAAGCCGGUGCGGUUGUCACCUCUUGCUGUACUACUGCCAACUGCAACGCAUUGCCCGGAGUUGGAAGAAAACUGCUGCCAAGUUAUUCCUCCCUCAUCAUUCCCUUCGUUGCUCUCUUUUAUUCAGCCAAAUUUUGACAAAUACACGCGAACCAUUGUUUUGUUGGUCAUCCUGUCCACAUGCGAGUUCAGUUCUUAGAACGUAGCCUUAGCUUCCCCAACACACCCCAGCCACGUUAGUUUAGUGACGUUUUCAGCUGUCCUAUGCAACUGUUUUCUUUUUCAAAUAAAUUGGUCAUCGU